AUGGGAAUCCCUCACUUUCUUGCAAUACCAUUUCAAGUUUCAUCACACAUUAAUCCCCUUUUGCAACUCUCUAAUGUUCUAGCAAAACAUGGUUGCAAGGUCACUUUUCUUUACACUGAAUUCAACCACAAAAGAGCAAAAAAUUCUGCUGCUGCUCAAGAUCAUGAUGAUGAGGAAUCAUCAAAGAUGAUAAAGUUUGUGACAUUUCCAGAUGGUUUAGGCCCUGAAGGUGAUAGAAGUGACAGCAUGAAAGUGCUUCAAUCUAUCAAAAGAACAAUGCCUUCUUUGCUUCCAAAGCUCAUAGAAGAUAUCAAUGCUUUGAAUUUUGAGAACAAGAUCACUUGUAUUCUUGUCACAUUUAAUAUGAGUUGGGCCUUGGAAGUUGGUCACCAAUUGGGAAUUAAAUGUGCUGCUCUGUUUCCCUUCUCAGCUACAAGUGUGGCUUCAGUUCAUUUCAUCCCCAAGCUCAUCGAGGAUGGAAUUAUAGAUUCAGAUGGAAACCCCAUCAAAUCACAAGAAAUUCAACUUGCCCCAAAUAUGGCAAUGAUGGACUCUAAACACUUUUUAUGGUGUAACUUAGGCAAUGACUUCUUCAAGCACCUUGUGCAAGAAACUAAAACUAUGGAGUUAUUAGCAGAGUGGUGGCUUUGCAAUAGUGCCUAUGAUCUUGAGUCAGGAGCAUUCUCCAUAUCUCCAAAGCUCCUACCAAUUGGACCAUUGAUGGAAAGUGACAGCAGCAACAACAACAACAACAAAAGUUCUUCAUUCUGGCAAGAGGACACAACAUGCUUAGAAUGGUUGGAUCAACAACAACCUCAAUCUGUUCUAUAUGUUUCAUUUGGUACUUUAGCAGUAAUGGAAUCCAACCAAUUCAAAGAAUUAGCACUUGCACUUGAUCUCAUUGACAAGCCUUUUCUUUGGGUUAUAAGACCAGAUAAUAUGGAUAACAAGAGAAACAACAAAUACCCAGAUGAAUUUCAUGGAAGAAAAGGUAAAAUUGUUGAUUGGGUAUCCCAAAAAAAGAUAUUAAACCACUCUGCCAUUGCUUGUUUCAUAAGUCAUUGUGGUUGGAAUUCUACUAUUGAAGGUGUAUAUAGUGGUGUUCCUUUUCUGUGCUGGCCAUUUUUCAUUGACCAAUUUUGGAAUGAAUCAUAUAUUUGUGAUAUUUGGAAAGUUGGGUUGGGAUUGAACAAGGAUGACAAUGGAUUCAUAUCAAAGGAAGAGAUAAGUAAGAAGGUGUUGCAAUUGCUUGGUGAUGAAGGCAUAAGAGAAAGAUCUUUCAAAUUGAAACAACUGAGUAGGAACAACCUAGCUGAAGGUGGCCAAUCUACAAAGAAUCUUCAAAAUUUUGUCAAUUGGGCAAAAUAAUGCAUUGGAAAAUAAAUUAUUAUUUCUUUGCCUGUGUUGGGUUGAAGAUUCAUUUUUAUCUUCAAUAUAUAUCUUGCUAGAAUAAACAUAAAGCUAAGAUGAUCAUGAUA